UGCCAAGUGUGAGGACGCCUUAAGGGAUUGGCAGGAAGGAAGGAUCAAGUGUACCGUAUCCAGAUUCGUUGAAGAAAAAACAGACGGGCAAGGAAGUGUGGAUAAGAGAAAUCACGAACGAAGCGCGUGAAAUCGAAUCCAGCUGACGGGUCUCGCAGGUUUAACGAGUGGUCCGGGCUUCGUACGACCAGGUGUCCAAGCUGUUAUGGACAUGGUGAUCUCGAAUUUGCAACAGCAGCGUCAAGUGACGGAGCAGCUGCGCCGUGAAGCCGCCCUCAAACGGAUCACGGUGAGCAAGGCCGUGGAGGAUAUGAUGAAGUACAUCACCGAGCAUGAGCAGGAGGAUUGUCUGCUGGUAGGCUUCUCGUCGCAAAAGUCCAAUCCCUUUCGUGAGAAAAGCACGUGCGUUAUCCUUUAAACCCACGUGCUUGCAAUGAAAAAAAAGGUCAUGGCAUGACACGCAAGGAACGUUUGAACUUUUGUCUCACCUGUAACUGCGUGUCAGUUUUUGAUAACAAUGAUAAGCAUAUUUACUAAUGUAUCUUCCUUUUUUUUUUUUUUAUUAAGUAGGAUAGUAAGUGAUCUUAUUAAAUUAUUCUAUGCGUGAGCAAAGGGACAACGAUAUUUGUGAAACUAUCUGUUGAAAGAAGCAACUUUCUUGUUUCUGCUAACAAGAGUGCAUUUUGUGCCGAGAGGUUUGCUAACGAAAGUGUAUUUUGUGCUUACGAAGUUUUUAUGAAGCUUCCGGAAUCACUGAAUUACUCGUUGAAGGUUUAUAGAGAAUCUUGUAUGAGUUACGAAGGGUUCAUGCGUGUGCCUAAUUUUCCUACUAUCUAUAGCCUGGUUAAAGCUACUCCAAUUCCGAGUUAUAUCUGGAAAAACAAAUGUAUUUUUAUAUGGAUAUAAAAGAAGAUAUACUGUUUAUAUUCGCGUACCUAUUAAAAUCAUAAAAAUAAUUGUCUGGUUGCCAAAAAUAGAUUCCAUGUCCAGACUAUUAUUAUUUAUUAAACAUGAUAGGACAUGAUUAAUAAUAAUAAAGCAUUUUGAUAAUAGAUCUAAAUAAGAAUAUAUGGAACGUGUGAAAUAAUCGACGUUGACUUGUAAUCAAUGUGUUUUGAAUGAAUCUUCAUGACAUACAUUGCACAGAUCAGUCUUAUUCCAGUGCCUUGAUGAAGUGCCUUUAUCAAAGUUUGAGACUGACAACAGUAAUGGUCACGUAAUAUAUCUAAAUAUAUUUUUAUUUUCAAGAAAAACAUGUUUAAUACACAUACAUAUAUACUUUCCUGGUCAAAUAUGUGUUAAAUAAAGUGUAACAUAUAUUUAAAA